CUUUCUCUCUCUCAGACACACACACCUCAGCAUGGUCAUGAAGAAUGGACAGUUUAACAUCAGCACAUUAUGAACUUUACCGCUAUACUACAGUGGGUGCCUCUUUUGGCAUUAUUUGGGAAAAUCCAAGGCCAAGCAUUACGUUUCACCACCAAGGAGGAGCAAGAAGUGGGCAUCAAGAUCGGAAGUCUAAGCACAUACUAUUUACCUCCAUACCGGCUCCUUGGUGAGAAGUACAUCAGGGUGGAUGAGAGCACAGGAGACCUGUACACUACAGAGCGCUUGGACAGAGAGGCUUUGUGCCCUUCACAGAUCGACGACAACUGUGAUAUUUCAUAUAAUGCACUCGUGACUCCUAAUCUUGAACUAGUACAGUUAGUUGUCACGGUGAAGGAUAUUAAUGACAAUGUUCCUUACUUUGAAAACAGCGAGAUUCAUUUGAGCAUACCUGAAGAUGCAUUGAUCGGGAGCAGUUUCCCUCUGGACGAUCAAGCACAGGAUGAGGAUGCUGGUCACAAUGCAAUGAUACGUUACCACUUAGAAGCCUCUGAUGGAUUUUUUGGCAUUAAACAAAAUGGGGAUCAACUCGAGUUGACGGUAGAAAAGGAACUAGACCGUGAAACUCUAGAAAAUCACUUCUUGAUUCUUGUUGCAGUCGACGGAGGUUCACGUAGCGCAACUGCUAAUCUCUCUGUAACUCUAACUGAUGUAAAUGACAAUUGUCCAGAGUUUGACUCCAGUAGCCCUUACCAUGCUACCGUGCCAGGAAUAGGAACUAAGGGCUCAGCGGUGGCACAGCUUAUGGCCACAGACAAAGACCUGGGGCGAAAUGCUCAGAUCACGUUCUCGUUUAGCCCUCAGAUUUCAGACAGGGCCAAAACACUCUUUCACAUAGAUGGACACACGGGUCUGAUCAGCUUAGCUGUUGAUGUACAGGUCGACACUUCUGAAGAGCACACGUUGAAAGUUGUGGCCAAUAGCCCUCUUUGCACCUCUGCUCAAACUCAGGUAACCGUAUACAUUCGGCCACUGGCACACCUAGAGCCGACCAUAAGGAUCAAGUUUGCCAGAAAGCAUGAAAACCAAGCGAUCGUAUUACCUGAGAACGAACCUUCCGAUGUUUUGGCGAUUUUGGAGCUGGAGGAGUCCACUGCUGGUAACAGCUCUCUGUCCUUAGCAGCAGAUAGCAUGGCAUUUUCUUUAAAGCGGACACAAGAAGGCAAAUAUUUACUUUCAACCUCAAAGCCUCUAGAUUAUGAGACCUGUAGCAAAUACAAUGUCACAGUGGUUAUCUCUGAUGCUCAAGGCAAACGGCUGCGUGAAGGUGAAGUGAUCAAAGUGGAGAUUGAAGAUGUAAAUGAUAACGCACCAGUGUUUGAACAAGAACACUAUGAAACAAAAAUCACAGAGAACAACAAACCCUGGGAAUUUCUGUUGAAGGUCACAGCUACCGACGCAGACAGCCAGGAGUUUGGUACAGUAAGGUACGAGCUGUUAGACUCAGGUCCUUUCAGGAUCAAUGAAGAGUCUGGUGUCAUACUCGUGUCAGAGUCUUUGGAUAGAGAGCAGAAGGACACGUACAAACUGACUGUAUUGGCCAGAGACGGUGGUGUUCCUCCUCAGGAGGGGUUUGCGGUGGUGACCGUAAUUGUACUGGAUCAAAACGACAAUCCUCCUUUCUUUCCCACUCCACACUUCUCUUUCUUCGUGUCUGAGAGUAUUCCACAACUCGCCAAAGUUGGGGACGUCCCAGUGAGCGACGCUGAUAAAGGAGACAACGGGCAAGUAGUCGAUGUGCGUAUCUUAAAUGAAGACGUCCCUUUUGCUAUAGACGUCGCUCAAGGAGCGCUUCGUAGCACGGGUGAAGUUGACCGCGAGAAGCAAGGCCGCUACGAGCUCAUGGUCGUAGCUGUUGAUGGUGGCACUCCGCCGCUUUCCACAACGGUCAAAAUGACGGUUUUUGUGGAGGACGUCAAUGAUAAUAAACCUCAGGUCAUCCUUCCAAGCAGCAACCUCUCGUGUCUGACCGUACCUCCAACAACCAGAGCGGGAAGCAUCGUCACAAAGAUCUACGCCAUCGACGAGGACUCGGGAAUAAACUCGGACAUAACUUACCAAAUUGUUCCAAGGCAACCAUCUCUUCACAGCCCCUUCCAGAUCGACCCACGCUCCGGGAACAUCAGCCUGGUGCAGAGCCUGCGAGGCGAGGACUACGGCAUGCACCACCUCUUCAUAGUCGUUCGUGAUGGUGGAGAGCCAGACCCGCUGCAGACCACCGUAUGGGUCAACCUGCUGGUCAACGAGACUUUGGAAAAUUGUCUUGUGAAGGACGUUCCACAGACGCCGACGCCGCAAACUCCGGCACCGCGCCUGUACGCAGACCUCAGAUGUGAAUCAAACGCCCGGCCUAUGUUUCUGUGUGCUCUGGGUCUGUUGCUUCUCUCAGUCUGUGUUCUUCUGACGGCUGUAAUGGUGUUUGUGAAGCACAGAUGUGAGAGAAGCAAGGUCAACAAACAAAGUAUGUGGGAAACUAAAGACUUGCAUGAACUAAACCAAUUAAACCAUAUGGAAUAAUGAUCAAGACACAAAAUAGGGUUUGCAUGAAUAGUCAUUUGAUGGUUAGUAGUGAUGUUACUAACUAGUAACUUCUUUUUUUCAGUUAUAUGAAAGUAGUGCAGGUGAUGCUUCCACCAACAACAUGUGAAAGACCAUGGGUCUUUAUUAGGGGGUCCGGUGACUGUGGUGGUAUUACAGGUGGUCCUCAAAUUAUUGUUUAUAUUCAAAACAUUUAACUUUAGUAAACAACAAUUAAAAGGCUAAUAUUAAAAAUAGCAUUCCCACAAUUUGCCAAAAAAUGAUUAUUUUCAUAUAUUUGUAAUGUAAUGAUGCUAACAAAGUCAAUUCAGUCCCUGCUUCUCCUCUCUAUCCAUUAAAGGCGGGGUGCAUGAUUUUUGAGAAACACUUCUAGUCGGGCCGACUACUAAAACACACUUGCAGCCAAUCAGCAGUAAAGGGCGUGUCUACUAACCGACAUCGUUGCCUGGGUUGCGUAUGUGUGGGGCGGGACUAUCAAAAGAAGGUCCAGAUUCUAUUGGGGUAGGUGCGUGUUUGUUUAGGUGAUUUCAAAUAUCAACAUUGGCUUUCAGAGAUCAUGCACCCCGCCUUUAAGGGGUCCUUGCCCUAUAAAAGGUUAAAGACCUCAACCAAAAGACCAAAAGACUAUCAUGUCACUGUAUAGUGCGCAUUUCUUUCUUGAUGUAAAAUAGUUUGAUCAUGUAAAUUCAGAUCAUUUGUGUACAUUUUACAUUUUGUGUAUUUAGUUUUAUUAUAAAUAUUUAGCAUUUAAAGAGUCUUAUAUAUUAAAAUCAGUAUCAGGUACUGAAAACCCCACAUUACUCAACCACUUCUAACUCGGUUUGGAUAGCACUAAUAUCUCUAUAUAGUCGCUAUAUCAGUGAGCUGUACUAGUUAGUAUUACUGGUAGUUGUUAGUUUUAAGUACUGUAACUUACAGGCUGAAAUGCCUGCAGUUCUUUUCUUGUGUGUUUCUCAUAGUUUAUAAUAUAAUAAAAUCCACAAAGACCAAAGCACUUAAAAAUGACUGAAGGAACAUGAUCUCUUUAUCUUCAGCGGCCAUUGUGUAGAUUACAAAAGUGCAGUCAUGCAGAAACAAAAAUGUACCUGUACAGAUUUCCUUUUUCCAUUGAAUUAUUGUUUAUCAUGCUCAGACAAAACAAGUCUAGUGUGUUAAUGAUAAACCACACAAGUUUAAUCAUUUAAAUAAAAAAGAUCAGUUAAAUGAAAAGGUGUAUCUCUUCCAUACAAAUCUGAAUGCUACAGUAAAAGGGCAUGUACUUUACUGUAUAGUGUAUAAGGCCAAACGCUUAAAAAGCCACUGAUAACUAAAUGAGUGCCCUCAAGUUUCAGCAGUAUGAGAGUUAGAUGUUUCACCUCAAGCAAGAUUAUUAAAACCUUAAGAAAUUGUGGUUGGUUUACAGAUGGGAGAUGUCAGGCAAUCUCAUGUUACCAGGUCUUCUGUCAUCUGAUAGUCUCCUAUUCAUCACAUGUAACGUAGGUGGAUCAGAGGCUUAAUAUACAGCAGCGUUUGGCUCUUUGACCUAAGGGAAGAAGGAAAUGAUAAGUUGCUCUUGUUUUUAUGCAGGUUAUCUGGAGAAGAAUGUGAAUAUACUGUAUGAGAAAUCUCACCAUUAUGCAAAUAAUUGGAGAUCCACAAAUAUAUCGGCCAGUUAUCAGUAUUUGUCAAUAAAAGCCAUUUUUCGCAUAAAAACAGUCAUCCUCUCAAUCAAAAGAGAAUGAGAAAAUGCAAUGAAUAACAGCGCUGUGUAUAAGAAACAUCACUAGUUCAAUAUUAAUGGUCAUUAUGUGAAUGAAUAACAUUCAGAAAAUGUAAUCUUCAGAAUUUAGUUAAUGCAAGUUCAUAUAACCACCAAGCUAUCAGUAUCAUAUUACUCUGAAUAAAUCGGAAUCGGUGGAAAAAUGUAAUAUUGGUGCAUCUCUAAAAAAAAACAUUUUACAUUUUAUUUCUUUAUUCAUAACCUACUUUGUAAAUGAAAAAUUAAACUACCGGUAUCCAAAACAUGUUUGAGCAGCAUUGCA